AUGGAGCAUGGAAAAGAUGAAUGUUCAUUGAUUCGGAAAAGAUAUAUUCAAUUGAAAAGAGGUAAAGGGAAUAAAUGCAAUGGUACAUCAUGGCCUAGGACAGAAAAGAUAGGACAAAUUGAGGGUGGUUGGCGAGAUUGGUCCGCAUGGAGUAUAUGCUCUGUUAAUUGUGGACAUGGUCUACAACGACGAUGGCGCUUAUGUGAUUCACCCAUUCCACAAAAUGGUGGAAAUUUAUGCGUGGGCAAUUUUGUUGAAUUUUUGGAUUGUAAUGCCGGUAAUUGUACAGAAACAACAACUGUAACUAUUGGAAUAAAUGAUACAUUAUGCUCAUGUGGAUGUUUACUCAAUCAUAUGGCUGGAAGAUUUUUCGCUCAAAACAUGUAA